AUGGCGGAGGAGACGAAGGAGAACGAAGAGAGGGUGAAGCUGUUCAUCGGACAAGUUCCGAAGCACAUGACGGAGACUCAGCUCCUUGCAUUGUUUCAGGAAUUCUCCAUCGUCGACGAAGUCAACAUCAUUAAGGACAAGAUAACGCGAGCUUCCCGAGGAUGUUGUUUUCUGAUAUGUCCUUCAAGAGAAGAAGCAGACAAGGUGGUCAAUGGUUGCCAUAACAAGAAGACAUUGCCAGGGGCAUCAAGUCCGUUGCAAGUUAAGUAUGCAGAUGGCGAGAUGGAAAGACUUGAGCACAAACUUUUCGUCGGUAUGCUUCCAAAGAAUGUCACUGAAGCUGAACUCUUAUCCUUAUUCUCCGAGUACGGAACCAUAAAGGAUCUACAGAUUCUAAGAGGGUCCCUACAAACCAGCAAAGGCUGUGUUUUUCUCAAGUAUGAGUCUAAAGAACAAGCGGUCGCUGCUAUGGAAGCCAUUAACGGAAAACAUAUAAUGGAGGGUUCGAAUGUUCCUUUGGUUGUCAAAUGGGCGGACACAGAAAGGGAAAGACAAGCCCGAAGGCUUCAAAAAGCUCAAUCUCAUGCCUCCAGAAUCCCUAACUCUGAUCCACAAAACCCCUCUCUGUUUGGAGCCUUACCCAUGAGCUAUGUUCCUCCUUAUAAUGGCUAUGGCUAUCAUGCAGCUGGAACUUAUGGGUACAUGCUACCACCUAUCCAGCCUCAACCUGCAUUCCAAAAUGGAACCGAGUCUGUUCCUCCGCGUUUAGCCGCACGUAGAAACUUGCCGAUGGCUCUUGGAAAUUACAGCUAUCAUGGUCUUCACUAUCCAAUGGCGUUUCCUAGAGGGAUGAUCGGUCCUCGCCAUCCUCUAACCAAUGGCGUUUAUAACAACGGCGCAUCAACACCUUCCUCGCUUCAAACUGAAGGACCGGCGGGUGCAAAUCUGUUUAUCUACAACAUACCUCGGGAAUUCGGGGAUCAAGAACUUGCUGCUGCGUUUCAACCAUUCGGUAAGGUUGUGAGCGCCAAGGUUUUUGUAGACAAGGCCACUGGUGUAAGCAAAUGUUUUGGAUUCAUUAGUUACGACUCACAAGAAGCUGCUCAAAACGCUAUUGACACGAUGAACGGUCGCCAAUUAAGCGCUGACCUAUCUUCAUCGUUGAGAGUUCACGGGCAGGCGGAGGGGAGGUCAACGGCAAAUCCGGUUUAG